UGUAACUUUUACGGGAUCAGCUGGUACGGAACUCCAGCUGCACGCUGAAAACUUAAUGCAUAGUAAAUCCAAAAUUUGUAGAGUAGGAUACUUUAGAAAGCCGUCCUAGAAACUAGCACGGAGGACAGCACUGCGUGUUGCAGUUUUCUGGCACAGUGGCACUAGCGAUAAUUUGAUAAAGCUGAGGAAAGGGGGAAAAGCCCCGCCUCCGUUGCUAUCAGUUACUGAUCUCAGCGUUUUUAAGGACAUGGUCGGACCUGGGACAGGAGUUCAUAAAUCGAAAGGGGAGACAUAUACAGUCGUAUAUCAAAGAAGUUCACUGAAUAAUUGGACGUUAUAUUUGGUCAACCCUCAAAUGCACACCAUGAAUCUACAUGGUAAAAUAUGCAGGAAGUUUUCUCUGGACAGCGCUUGCUACACAGUGGAAGGGGGUGGGAGGCUGAGGAAAGUGAAGAGCAAGAGCAGGUUUGAACCCAUGAAAGUAGAGAGUGUGGAGGAUGCCCAGCUGGAGAUACAGGAGCUCAACAAGAGCCUCAGCAGGCAGACUCCAAUCAGCUCACAGACCAUUGAUGAGAGAGGCUUUGAAAGGUCUGAAGGCGAUGUCACACGGAGUAGUUUUAUCAAGCACAACAAGACAUUCCACAAGAUUUUCCUAGACAUUCCUGAGGGCGAGGAAUUAACACAUGCUUUCACCUGUGCCCUGCAGAAGGAGGUGCUUUAUCAAGGCAAGCUCUUUGUGUCGGAUAAUUACGUGUGCUUCUACUCCUCUGUGCUGCUCAAGGAAACCAGAGUGGUGAUCCAUGUAUCUAAUGUGCAAGCAGUGAAGAAGCAGAACACAGCCCGAGUGGUGCCCAACGCCCUGUCAAUCCACACCAACGAGGGGGAGAAGUAUUUGUUUGUGUCUUUACGGAACCGCGAGGCCUGCUACAAGCUACUGUGCUCAGUGUGUCCGAACGUGGUGGAAAAGAGCGGUCAGAACAGCCCGGUUGCCUCCUCAGCAGAGAAUGGCAUUGAUCCCGGGAAGGAUUCAAACUCAAGUGAGUCAAGUCUGGAGGACACUCCGAAUCACCUGGAUGACAGAAACCGCAGUGUCCAGUUGAAAGCACCCUUGCCCAAGCUGAUCAGAACCUCAAGGACUCGUCAGAGCAGCUCAACUUCUACAGAGAAUGACGAGAGUUCCAGUGACGAAAACACAGAGCCGUCUUGGAUUUGGUCCGUAACAGAGAAGGUCAAGUCCCUCCUCAUACUGAGAGAGUCCAAUAACUUCAACCUCCUCCUCUGCAUCUACUUACUUCUGGUGCUGCUUCUCGUGCUGACGUCGGGGUACAUCGGCCUGCGCAUCAUGGCUCUGGAGGAGCAGCUGAGCUCCAUGGGGGCGCUGCCCGAGUUCUCUCUGCAGAGCGGGUACAAAGACACAUAGCCUUUUGGACAAGGAAAAUGAAGAAAGACGAUUGCUUGACUCAUUCAGUGGACAAUACUGGAGACCUUUUUUGUCAUCAUUUAAAAUAUAAGUGAUGCCCCAGUACCUAUUUGCAAAAUUCCACCUCCUCUGUAAAUGGUUUUUUAAAAGGCGGGGGUAGGACCACUGAGAGUAUAGCCAGACACCAGUGGUGUUUUUUUAGGAGUCGCAUGGCUCCCUUGGGCAAGUGGAGCAGUGUGGUUAUUUCCCUUGUGAAACCAAAGACAGCAGGCCUGUCUGCGGCUAAGUCCUCACUUUGGGGACCGUUCAGUUUUACACGUUCGAUGAGCAUGUUGUACUUUUGUAUUUUUUUUUUACAUACUUUGUUAUGUAUUCUUCUGAAAGCAAAAGAGAUAGAGUGUAACCUUUGUUAUGUCAGAAGGAGCAGAAUGUACUUUUUUUGGAAUAAACUACUUUAAGUACUGUGUCACAGAAAAACAAAUAGUCUGGUUACUUGUGUGCAUUUGGAGUAUCACAAAAACCAUGCUUAAUUUUAUGUGGCCCUUCUACAUUUCUACAAGUGACCUUUUAAAGUCUUGUAGAUCAGGAAUGUUGUCUGUCUCAGUUUUACAUCUUGGCUGAAAGCUUAAUAUAUGAAUAUAAACUGAGAGAAAGGCUUUACUUUGUUCUUUAAUAACAAAUCUGUUCAAAUUCCAAUAAUAAUAAGAAUAUGACUUUUACAUUUACAAAAGACUCCACAUUGCAGUAAGUACUCUAUCAGACAUAUAAGUUAAUGUCACAUAGAAUAUGUGACAUUAUAUGUUGUCAUAUUUGCAACAUAUACCAGGCAUUACAAAAAUGUACAAAAAUAUGAAUGUGUGUUUUUUUUUGUUUUUUUUAAAGAAUUUGAGACCUGAUUCUGAAUCCUGAGACCUGGCAUAAAAAAAGAUGAAAGUUAAAAUAUUAAUUUCAUUUUUGACAUAAUCCAAGUAUCUUGGAUGAUAAAAACAUGUUGCAUUAAAAAUAUUAUCAAACCAUUAUUUAAUUAUUUUUUUUUACUGAAUGUUCAUUGUGUAGGUUUCAGCACAGUAUAACAUUUGGUUAUUGUGAUUAAGACCAGAUACCUAUGCUCCCUACAGGGGACUAAAAUUAAUUGCCAAGGUUUAGGAUAUAAAAAAUGUUUUUCAUGUAGAAUACUGUCAUAUUUUACCAUGUAUUGCAUUUUCAUUCAUUCCUGUUCUUCAAUAAAGACCGUUUUUUAAAGUA